CCCCCCUUUUUUUUUCUUUCUCUUUUUUUCUUUUCUUUUUCUGCUUUUCACUCAGGCUUCUACAUUAAUACUUUGUUGAUAGAAUUCCAGUGCACUCAUGGCUUUGCACUGCCUCUCCUCCCAGAGCUCAGACCUCCAGCUCUGAAGCUGGGAUGUGGGGGUCCCAAAGGCACUGUGGUCACCUGCAGAGGGACAGCUGAUGUGGCCCCAGGAGGGGUGGCUGUGGGUUCUCUGGGGAUGUUCCCUGGAUGGAUGGCAGUGCUUUUGGGCUCCUCGUGUGUCUUUUGAACUUGCGCAGGUGGGCAGCAUCCCACUGGAGGGCAGCAAUCCUGGCCCUGGGGGUCUCACCCUUUAGCAGAAGCCCAGCCUCACCUUAAUGUUUCAAAUAACUUUUAGAACGACUGUGAUAUAUCUCUGCAUUUUAGAACACCCCUACAGGGAAAGAAACAUUUGAGCGUAGAAAGAGUUGGGAAUAGGAGAAAUGUUUUUCUGUAUGCAGCAAAGUCUCUUUAAUCUUAAAAACUUUUUUCGGUAGAAGAAAUCAAUUUACUUUGAAAUGGCUUAUUCUUAAAAAAAAAAAAAACAAAAAAAAACUCUUUGCCCUUUUGAUGGCACAAAGUCCAUCUGCAAACUGGGCACAACGGCAAAGGCUGCAGCAUGCUUCAGUAAACUUCAAACCAGCGUGCGAUGCUGGGGCUGGCACCCAGCGAGUCCAAGCCUCGGGACGGUGUGGUCUGCAGGGCCGGUGCUCCUGGAACUGCCUUGGCUCUGGGUGUGCGUUGUGCGGUGCAGAACAGACAGUGAUCCAGCACCCCCACACCAAGCAGCAUAAAAAAGAAUUGUUGAGAGCUGCUCUUAACCCUUUUGGAGUCCGAAGUCAAAAGGGAACUGAGGGCUUGACACAUCCCUUGCAUCUUCCAUUUACUCUGACCACAGUCCCUCCCUGUUCUCACAAGUGGAGCUAAGCCCUGCUUCUCUUCCUCUUGAUUCCCAGACAGCUACGUGACUGCCUGAAGUUACAUUGUAGAUGCUGAAAUCACUGCACCUUAAAAACAAAAAGAUUAAGCUGCACUGCAUUCUUAUGUAUAGAAGCAUGUUAUAGAAAUAUGUAUUAAGAAGUCCCUGGGUCCUAGGAGAACGUAUCAAGUUGACUCUGGCUUGAAGCAAACAAAUUACCUUCGUGGUCCUGGUCCUUUCGUUCCACACAAUUAUCGACUGAGCUGAAGGAGAUCUCCCUAUAGCUCAGUCGUUGGCAGUUUUCCUCAACUCAACAAGAGAGAGAGAGAGAUUUGGUUGGAAUGAAACCUUGCUCUUCGUACAGUCUGAUUGAGAUGCAGCUUUGAAAGAUCACUCACAGUCAAUUUGUGGCCUUCCUCUGAAGGAACCUUUCCUGACUCCUGUACACAGCCUCUCUCUGUUCCCUGCCCCAAUGAACGUGUGCACUAAGUCCAAGGCUUGGAGUAAUUUACCUGAGGAGUGAUACCAUUUGGAAACCACUGAAGAAACCCAAGACAGCUGAAAACCAGAAGGCGUCUGAGGAGAAUGAGAUUACUCAGACGGGUGCAUGCAGCGCCAAGCCAGGCCUUCCCUGCCUGAACCUUGAAGCUGUUCCGUCUCUGAGCCCGGCCCUCAUCCACUCACCACAUUCACCAACAAACCUACACGCACACACAGGGUCAUCUGAUUGUAACAUCAGUUGCAAGGGGAUGACAGAGCGCAUUCAUAGCAUCAACCUUCACAACUUCAGCAAUUCUGUGCUCGAGACCCUCAACGAGCAGCGCAACCGUGGCCACUUCUGUGACGUGACGGUCCGCAUCCACGGGAGCAUGCUACGCGCCCACCGCUGCGUGCUGGCGGCUGGCAGCCCCUUCUUCCAAGACAAGCUGCUGCUGGGCUACAGUGACAUCGAGAUUCCCUCAGUGGUGUCAGUCCAGUCUGUGCAAAAGCUCAUUGACUUCAUGUACAGUGGGGUGCUGCGGGUCUCGCAAUCAGAGGCCCUCCAAAUCCUCACAGCUGCCAGCAUCCUGCAGAUCAAGACUGUGAUUGAUGAGUGCACAAGGAUUGUCUCGCAAAAUGUUGGAGAGGUCUACCCGGUGAUUCAGGAUUCUGGCCAGGAGACACCCAGAGGAACACCCGAAUCAGGCACCUCGGGGCAGAGCACUGACACAGAGUCUGGCUACCUGCAGAGCCACUCACAGCACAGUGUGGACAGGAUCUACUCAGCCCUCUACGCCUGUUCCAUGCAAAAUGGCAGUGGGGAGCGCUCCUUCUAUAGUGGGGCUGUGGUCAGCCACCAUGAAACAGCCCUGGGUCUCCCUAGGGACCAUCACAUGGAAGACCCCAGCUGGAUUACCAGGAUCCAUGAACGGUCACAGCAGAUGGAGCGGUACCUCUCUACUACUCCAGAAACCACACAUUGCCGCAAGCAACCACGCCCUGUCCGAAUUCAAACCUUGAUGGGCAACAUCCAUAUUAAGCAGGAGAUGGAGGAUGACUAUGACUACUAUGGCCAACAGAGGGUGCAGAUCCUUGAGCGCAAUGAGUCUGAGGAAUGCACUGAGGACACUGACCAAGCAGAAGGCACUGAGAGUGAACCCAAAGGGGAGAGUUUUGACUCGGGAGUCAGUUCCUCCAUUGGUACUGAGCCUGAUUCUGUGGAGCAGCAGUUUAUGACUGGUCUGGGCAGGGAUGGGCAGCAAGAACCUUCUCAAGCAGAUCAAAAUGAUAUCCCUGCUGAUGGCAGUCAGCCUCCGCAGCAGCAGCAGCAGCAUGUGGAUGCCAACUCUUCCUCGCCAGAGAGAAGCAAUGACGUUGAAAUGGACAGCAAAGUGCUCACAGUCAAUAACAGCACCGAAAAGGGGGCUUUGCAGCCUUCUGUCAACACAACUGUUGCCCAACCGUUGCCAACCACACAGAUCUACUUACGCCAGACAGAAUCCCUCACCAGCAAUCUGAGGAUGCCACUGACUCUGACCAGCAACACUCAGGUCAUUGGCACAGCUGGCAACACGUACCUGCCUGCCCUUUUCACCACACAGUCUGCUGGCAGUGGCCCUAAGCCUUUUCUCUUCAGCCUGCCCCAGCCCAUAGCUGGCCAACAGACACAGUUUGUGACAGUGUCCCAGCCUGGCCUGUCAACUUUCACUGCUCAACUGCCAGCCCCUCAGCCCUUAGCCCCAUCUGCAGGCCACAGCACAGCAGGUGGGCAAGGCGAAAAAAAGCCUUACGAGUGCACUCUCUGUAACAAGACUUUCACCGCCAAACAGAACUACGUCAAGCACAUGUUUGUACACACAGGUGAGAAGCCUCACCAGUGCAGCAUCUGUUGGCGCUCCUUCUCUCUAAAGGAUUACCUAAUCAAACACAUGGUGACGCACACCGGCGUGAGGGCCUACCAGUGCAGCAUCUGCAACAAGCGCUUCACCCAGAAGAGCUCCCUGAAUGUGCACAUGCGCCUGCACCGCGGGGAGAAGUCCUACGAGUGCUAUAUCUGCAAGAAGAAGUUCUCCCACAAGACCCUGCUGGAGAGGCAUGUGGCUCUGCACAGUGCCACCAACGGCACGCCUGGAGCCACCGGCACCGGCGCGAGGGCCGUCCCCGCCGGGGUGGUGGCCUGCACAGAGGGGACCACGUACGUCUGCUCUGUCUGUCCAGCUAAGUUUGACCAAAUUGAGCAUUUCAACGACCACAUGAGGAUGCAUGUGUCAGACGGAUAAGUAGAAUCUCUCUCUCUCUUUGUUGUGAACAAAAAAUAGAAACAACAACAACAAAAAAAAGCUAUGGCACUAGAAUUUAAGAAAUGAUUUUUGUUUCAUUUUUACCUUUAUUUUCCUCCUUUUUUUUGGGUUCGUUUCGUUUUGUUGUUUUUGUACUACAUGAAGAACUGUUUUUUGCCUGCUGGUACAUUACAUUUCCGGAGGCUGGGUGAAUAAUAAUUUUCCCAGCCUCCCUUGGAUGGUGGCCUUAAGGCCAGGUAGUGCUUCACGAGCUCCACUGGUUGGAUCUCUAACUACUGGCCUCUAAAUACAACCCUUCUUUACUACAAAAAACAAACAAACAAACAAAAAAAAUCAUAAAAAAUCAAAAAACAGACAGAAAAAAUAAAAAAAAAAAAGAUUUCUUUUUUCUCACUUGUGAAGAGCACUACAAAAAAAAAGAAAGAAACAAAACAAAAUAUAUUACAAAAUCUACAAGGCCUACUGUCGUUAUAAGUACACCGCUCGCAGUGUUUCAAUGGACAUAAUUCACAAUGCUGACCGCUUUUGGACUUCACAGUAUCCAGUUAGAACUGUGGAAUAUUUUACUUCUGGUUGAGCAGCAACCAGAGGAACCAAGGCCCUGCUGGUCUCCACCACGUGUCUGCUUUCUCACUCACAUGCACCCACAAACACACGAAAGGGCUGAGGGGAGUGCAAGGCAGUGUGGCUUGGAUAGUGUGGAGUCCCUGCAGGAUGAGGAAAAAGAAUCAGAGGUUCCUCACCUGGAUUCUGCUCCAUCCCACGCUCUCUGGCUCACCCUCCCCGCUGCUUUUCCCAUAUCAUCACCACCUUACAGCAGAAACCAAGAAGAUUCAGACAACGAGCAACGGUGGCUUUUUGUAAUUUAUUCAGUGUCUUCGCUGAGCCCAGGGCCUCAGCACAAUCAAGAGGGACUUUCACAGAAGGCAAAGAGAAACACAGAGGAAAAUCAAAGAUAUCAGAGGUUGCAACCUAUGGAUCUAGGUACAAGAGAAGGGUUAGUUCCCACAAUCUUUGCAAAAAAAAAAAAAAAAAAAAAAAAAAAAAAAGUUGCAUCAGGAUUUAUUCUUGUGGAAGAAGGAGGAAUAGAGGGGGGGCGGGGAGGGGAAUAAUUAAAAAAAAAAAAAAGAGUUAUUGGGACUUUUUUUAAUUCAAAAUUUUAUAGAGGGGCAAAAGUGACGUUUACCAGAUAGAAUGCUGAUUUUUUUAAUAUAUUUACAACAGUAUUUGUGUAAAAAAAAAAAACAAAAAGUGAGAUUGUUAAAAGUAAUUUUUUCUUUGUUUUCUUUUUUGUUUUGCGUACACUGCCACUAAUAUCUUCUCUUUUAUUAUAUAUAUGAAUAUAUAUAUAAAUAUAUAUUUUAUUUUAAAUUGAGACUGUUAAGGUUAGCUAACCUGCUUCCAGAUAGAGGGGGGAGGGGAGAUGAUCUUGAUUUUUAUUUUAAAAAAGAGGAAGGAUGUUUCCUGAUUUCUUUUUCCAAGUAUUAUUUCUCUCUUUCUCUCUCUCUCUCUUUUCUAAUGGAAUCAAGAAUUACCUGGGUCGAUGAGGGGCUCUGUGAAGUCAUCUGUGGGUUUAUCUACUAGAGUUUGUGCGUCUUGCGGUAUCGGUUAUACUUUGUUUUUGAGUUAUGUGGUUCUCUUUUGGCUCUUACCAAGGUUCUGUUGUUUCUGGUUUUGGUUCCAUCUCAAAAUUUAUUUCCGCUGAAGGGAGAUUCCUUUUGAGAAAGAGAUUUUCUCUCAAUGUUCCCUUGGUUUUGGGGAUGAUAGAAUUUGUAUUCUUUUUUUUUUUUUCUUGUCUUUCUUCAUUUUUGCAAAUGUCAUGGAACUUUUGGAGGUGUAUAAUAACUAGGAUUCCCCUUCUUUUUGGUCACUGGACGAGAAUACAUCGCUGCAUUGUUCUCUCAUCCCUGCCUGAAGCUUGCUAGAGAGCUUCCAUAUUUGUAUGGGAAUCUGAUCCUGCCCCUGGUAGUUUGUGCUGAUGCCAAAAUGACUUAAAACGUUACCAUUGCAUAUGACCUUCCCUUCUUCAUUUGCAAAAAUAUCUAACUUAAGGGCCACAUCCCACAUUCUCUGCAUAUGCAAAGCUAUGCAAGGAAUGUAGGAUCACUGUGAAAGGUUGAUUCCUGAUCUGCAUAUAUGUGUUGGUGUUUUGUAUUUUGUUUUAUUGUAUCAGCUAGUGUUCUCCCUAGUCAUCUUCUGUGCAUCCGUGUGAGAAUUUUCCCCCAAAGCCAACUCCCAAAGUACAUGGGUCCUUAGUUCAGUUGGAUCAGUGUCUGACACUGUCUUUGUCUUGCUUGAAAUCCAUAGCUAGGAUUUGCACCAGCUGCACUCUGGACUUUAUAUUUUAGGCAGAGAAAAAGCACCUAACAAAAAUAUGCAAAAAGGAAAAAAAAAAAAGAAAAACUGCUAGUUUAGCUUUUACUUGUGUCUAUACUUAAAUUAAGCUUUCUUAAGUUUACGAAGCUUGUGAACACUUAGCAUUUCACACGAGACAUUCUAUUAUGCUGGACAACUUUCUAAAUACUGAAUCAAUAGGACUACACAUAAAAUGUGUGUUCUUUACACCCGCAGCUUCUGUACUCAGAACAAGUAACCCCAUUGCUGCCUUCUAGGCCUUUUCCAUUUCUGAUUUUUUAUAGGGAAAAAAAAUGACAGAUACUUGAGUCUCAGAAUCUUUCAGUAACCUGCAAGGUAUUGUUCAGCAGAUCCUAAGUGUCCAAGGCCUGAUUCUCACUUGCACUAGACAACGUAAAGAGACUUUGAGAUGAGUCCCAGAGCAAAUGAACUUUCUAUGUGGUAACGUCUUUUUUGUCACCAGUUUAUUUGGAUAGUUGAAGGAUUUUCAAAAAGUAUCUACAUUAGUUUGGCAAGUUAAAAAUACAUUGUUUUCAUAACUGCACUGGUAAGAUCAAUGCUGACCUGUAAAGCUAGAGGUGAAAAGACUAAGCCUAAGACAAAGACAGGAAGAACUAGUAUCUGCUGUGUGAAGGCACACUAAGUCUGAAAAUUCAGGUUGUAGAGACCAGGGUGGGUAAGAGAAUAGAAUAAUGAGCCUAUACAAAAUGAAUUAAAGGUGUUUCCGUGGGGAAAGUAGAUGGGUUGUUUUUGAUUUCUUUCUUUUUUUUUUUUCCCUGAGAUCUUUAGUAUUGAAAUGUUUCAUGCUCUCCAGUUUGAAGAAUUCAUUAAUUUUGCCCGGCUUAAAAAUUUGUAGCUGUUCAUUUGCCAUCUGAGGUCUGGGGAAAAGCUGUUUAAUUUGCCACUGUUCAAUCUGGUCAACUAUAGUCAAAAUGUAGCAUAUUCUGAAAUUUGGUUCUCAUACCAGAAGAGAUGCCCGUAAACAGGAAAUAAGAAUCAAGGUUUACAUCCACCAAAAUCCUAAUAAUAGUUUAGAGUGAGAAAUCCUAUACAAAUCUUAAUUCUUCAAUUUUCAACCUUUCUUAAAUGAAAAAAAAAAAAAAAGCAUCAUCUUUGAAAUGCAAAUUUAUUACAGGGCAUAAUCAAUUUAAAGUGAAUUAAAUAUCAGUUACUAAUGAAUGAAUGUUGCCAAUUAAAAGUAAACUCCUUAAAGUAAAGCUAAGGCAUAUAAAUUGAAUUCUAAAUCAGUUGACAGAGAGCUUAGGCCAAGGUCUUCACAAACAGAAAUAUAAACAGAUUUUGUCAAAUGUCUAGGCUCUAAAAGUAGUGGCUAGAUUUUGUAAAACAUGGAGCAACUUGCAGCUUUCCUGCAAAUGUUGCCGAAAAUGCUCAUCAGGUCACUUAUGCAUUUAAGUGCCCUUCUGUGAACUUAGCUCAAACAUAGAUCCCUUUGUCUUUUAAAAUGUUAAAUUAUUUUUAGUAAUGCUUCCUCCUAACCAUAGGAAAAUUUGUAUACUAUGUGGAAACAAAUACAAUAGCUAACUUUUGCAAGUAUUAUUCAGCUUCAUGUAUUGCUAGGCCCAGCGAUCUACAAACUGCUGUUUGAGUGCAUCUGUCUCAGUAUGCUCAAAAGGUUUCCUUCAAAACACCUAAUAAAAUUACAUAGAUGAGCAAGAGCGGACAGUAGCACACAUCCCUAUGAUGUGUGAAGCACACAGCAUCCUGCAUUCCUUGAACCUGAUUCUCACUUUCUCUACAGCUCUAAUUAUUUUGCUUCAAGCAAUGGAAAACAGCAUCAAAUGAAGCACAAAUUCAAAAGUAGAAAUGAAGGCUUCUCUACACUUCAAAAGUGGAAGGAAGCCUUAGGGUAAAUGAGAGGGAAGUGCCUUCUCGUACUGCUGCUGAGGCUGAUGAAGUCAAUUGAAAAUAUAGGGACAGCCACAGAUUCACCCUGUGGUCCACCUCUCUUGGUGUUCUGUCUCUAAGACCCAUGUUGGAUAAUUACAAAGUAGUAAGCUUUGUAAACAAAAUAAGGGGAAAGAUUUAUUAUAGUCCCUAUCAGAUAUGUAUCUGCUUAUAACCUGAAGAUGUAAUAAUUGAUGGCCUUAACCUUUUAUUCCUUAUAAAAAUUGUAUAUUGUGGCAAAUAAUUCUCAUUAUCCUUUAAAGAUCUAGCUUACUAAUUGAUAAUUGGCCCCACUGCUAUCCUGUGGAAGUGAGUUGCUCUGUGGAAUUACUGCCUUACAGAAAAAUAUCAUUUUCUGGUUAAAUUUAUUGCUGUUCAUUGAAACACCAUUGUUCUUGUAUCCCAUGAAAACAUAAAUCAGAUGACCAAAAUUUGCCUUUUCUUGCCCAUUCCCCUGAAGCCUGCCUGUCUUUGAGAAAUCUGAAUCCACAAGGAAUGCAGGAUCACGAGAUCAGUGUCUACUGGUCAGAAAGUAGAGAACAGCUAGCAGCUGUGUGUGUGUGUGCGUGUUGGGCAUGUGCAUCAGUGAGGUUCUCCGUCAAGAUUUCUUGCAGAGGCACGGAAAGUACAGCUCUUAUAUAAUCAGAAAAUAACAAGGAAGUAUACCAGUAUUUAGAAAUUGAUAUUACACAUAGUAAUAUGAGCAUUUUGAGCUUGUCACUUCUCUCACGAAACCCCCAGUAAUUGUCUCUCAUAAGGAAAACAGGCAUAGAUGUGUUGCAGGAGCUGCUUGGAACAACUGUCUUGCUGCCAGUAGACUCACUUCUGGCCCAUGCAGUUAGAUAUUUUCAAAACCAGCCCAAAUUCACCAUAAGCUAACAGAGAAAAGUAUCAUUUAAUGCGCUAAGACAAUAUGAUUUCCUUUUGCUCUUAAUCAAAGAAUCCUCCCCUACAAAGAGGCUGAGGGAUGGGCUUGUUCAGCCUAGAGAAGAGAAGACUGCAGGGUGACCUCAUUGCAGCAUUUCAGUGCCUAAAGGGAGCCUACAAACAGGAGGGGAAUCAACUCUUUGAAAGGGUAGAUAACAGCAGGACAAGGGGAAAUGGUUUUAAGUUGAGGGAGGGAAGAUUUAGGUUGGAUGUCAGGGGGAAGUUCUUUACCAACAGAGUGAGUGCUGGAACAGGCUGCCCAGAGAGACUGUGGAUGCCCCGUCCCUGGAGGUGUUCAAGGCCAGGUUGGAUGGGCCCUUGGGCAGCCUGGUAUUAAAUAUGGACAUUGGCAGCCCCACCUGCAGCAGGGGUUUGGAGUUUGAUAAUCCUUGAGGUCCCUUCCAACCCUUGCCAUUCUGUGAUUCUAUGUUAAGUGAUGCCCAUUUUUCUUCUUCUGAUUUCUUUUUCAUCCGAAGAAAAGUUGAAAAAUAACCCACAUCAGCCCCCUCACUUCUUACUGACCCUAAACUGGCUGAUUUCAGUCAUCCUUAAGCUGCUCAGGUAAUGCUGGAUUGUUCAUAUGGUGGAAUAACAGAUCUCUUGCCUCUAGUAUUAUUGUAGCAUGUUCUGCCUCUCUUAGUAUAGAAAACAAACCUUGCAGGGGGAAGGCACAAAACAUAUUCUUUGCAUAAGCACUGAGCCCAAUCCAAAAACAUUUCAAACACAACCAGACGUCCAGUAUGCUUAUGACUAUGACCCUUUCAACAGUCUUAUGGUAAGGUAAUCCUGCAGCUCUCAUUGCUCAAGAUGACUUGCUACUCAAAAAGAAGUAUAAUAUCACUUUAGUACCUGGUGGCUGUUCUCUCAAGGCAAACUAGACCUUGAUAAUCCCACUCUUUCAAUUCUGCAUCCAACUCCUCUGAUCUAUUGAAAGAAACGUGAUAGAAAUGAAUCAGCACGCAACCUAACUGAAACAGCAUCUCAUCAGCCUAAAGCAAAAUAGCUACCUUUCACAUUCUUUGAUUUGUUGUUACGCUAGCUGUGACAAUUUGUGAAGGAGGUGCAACCUGAUGAACUUGACUUGGAGAGGUUCUGAGCCUCCUCAGCUCCCAAGGGGCUUGUCACUCAGUGGGAUUUAGCCCCUAAGUGAUCACAACCCUGCUAAAGAAAGACCUAGGAAAGAAACCACACAAAAUGUUACAUCUGUAGUCUUGACUUUGUAGAUGGAAAGAAAACCCUUGCUAGUGCAAUACAAGCAGCAAGUAAGCUGAAAUUAGAAGAAAAAAAUAAGAAGCUUAACAUUGAGGGUGGAAAGGUCUUCCAAAAAUGUCGUCAGUUUGGAUUGUAACCUCCCAGUUUGCACAUUUGUCCUUAGCUAUUUUUCAAAAAGCAAAGAGCAGUGAAAUACUUCUUUGGGAAAUGAAAACACUACAGCCUCAAACACAAUUGCUUAAAACAGAAAUGCAUCUGAGCUCUAUAGUGUACUUAAGUUUUGUAUACGUAGCAGAGUUCUAUACAAAACAUUCUCUUCAUAUGAAAUGUAUUGUUUUGUGUUUUCUUGUAUAAGGGGGAAGCAAAGAAGUAAAGAAAUGAUUCCUGUUGUUCUCUUUACACUGGAUGGUGUUUCCAGCUGUUUCUUAUCUUUUCUUACAUCUCCACGUUUGGUCCUCUUCCAAAGUGAUCCUGUCUAAUAUUGAGUUGGCAUCAACUCCCUGUAAAACACUGGAGGAUAAAUCUUGCUCCUGUACUAAAUUAACAACAUGAGCAAAAGGCUGCAUACUUCAUUCAUAUGACUUUGUGGUGAUUUUUUAUCAUGUUCUGCUGCAACAGAACAACUGAGGAAAGUGCAGAGCUUUGUUAAAUACGUUCUGUAGUGCUCAGCUGUCUGUUUCUGCAGCGUCCCAUUUAUACAAAAUGGAUAGGCACAUUUCUGAGGUCUGUACAUCUAACUAGGCAUCUUUUCUGUUUAACUUUGCUCCUUUUCUUUUUGCCACCUGAAUAUUUCCAUGUUCUUUGUUGACAACUGCAGAGUUCCCUAAAAGUAUCCCAUGUGGAAGAUCUACUGUUUGACUAGAGAGGAACAGUGCAUUGAGGAAUAAGGACUACAGUCAUGCAACUGCCCUGAAACACAACACAGCUUUUUUCUUAUUCUUCCCCAAAAGUCUUUUUCUUGGUUUUCGUUUGUUGCAUAGUCUGUUGGUAUCUAUGGGGUCUCUGAAUGAAACCAAAUUAUGUGUCCUCCGUGCACAUGUGCAUGCAAAUAGAUGUGUGAGUGUGCAUGUGUAUGUGUGCAUGUGUAGGUAGGUAGCUAGCUAGAUCUGGAUUGGGAAAGGGUUCCAAUGAAACAGCAUUAACUGUGGAACACUGACAUGAAUCUGUAGUACACUACUUAAACAGUAUACAUGCACACAUAUAUUCAUCAAAUGCACUUUUGGUUGGCCAAAUGCACUAAAGUACAUAUUUGCCCAAAUAAAAUGUUUGCCUCUGUUCAAAACUUGAACAGAGUUCCCAGAACUGGCCCGGUGUAUUUUUGUUAGUACCUACUCUGAAGGGAAAGCUAAAGUGUGCCUCUCAGAUGGACAUUUAGCCACAAUAUAAAUAAGGUUGUGUUGCUCAGCAGGUUUUGCUGGCUGAAGUGAACAGCCAGGGGACUAGCAACUCUAGGGCUAUCUUGUUGAGCUCAGUCCCUCAUUUCCGCUGAAUUUCAUGUUCACCUAACAGGGGAAUAAAAUGAAAAAAAAAAGGCCCAAAACAAAACAUAAUCUAACAUUCCUCUUGCCCACAUUAAAAAGGAUAGUAAAAAAUUAUCAAGUCAUUAAACAGUUAGCAAUACAGUGUACUGAUGGGCUCAAUAAUAACCUCUUGUAUCCAGAGGCCCGUAUCAAACAGCUCUUUCCCCACCUCAUAUACUCUGCAACAUGUUGGCUAUGAAUAUUUUCGAAAUAAGAUGAAUAAGGUAAUCAGAAUGUACAGCCACUAAUAAUUAACUUUCCUCUGGUCUUUGCCAAAGCUUUUUCAGGAACAUCUUUAAUGUGUCAAGAAGGCUAGUCAAUUAUCAGGAGGAGAAGGAAAUGGUUGGUGAGCAUAGUCAGCAUGUAUUCCACGAGAAGUGAAGGAGCUCUGGAACGCACUUUGCUCUCAUUUCAUUAGCAGGAUGAAUCAGUAUGUUAAGCUACAGCUGCCUACUUUGGUAUUGUGUGGCCCUAAAGUAGCUUUUUAUUCUUUUUAUUCUGGAAUUCUUGUUUCAUUGUCACAGAAAGGGUAAUUGAUGAUUUGGGGUGUGUUGUUUUUGGGUUUUUUUUUUCCCUUUUUCAUUUUCACUCACACAAAGUUGAGUAAAUGUUAUUCCUUUUCUUAUAUUGGUGGCAUUUCCCUUCCUCGUUUGAGUAAGAUGAUAAAUGCAACAAUUUUGGCUGGAUGAUUUUGGGGUGAGGUUUUUAUUUUGGUUUGGGGUUUUCCUUUGGUUAAAUGUACAUUGUCUCUCUAUAGUCAAAAUGUCUGUGACUGUAACAGUAUGUAUUUCUUUUACUGGAGAAAAUAGACUUUUUGGUUUUUGUUAACAGUACUAGUGACUUUGUGGAAAAUGACAAGUUGCUAUUUAGAUCUGCUUAGUAAGUACAGUACACUACAAUACAGUAUUUCUGAAAGCUAGAACAUACAGUACACAAUAUAUAUAGCAAUUCUAUAUCAAUAUAUAUACAUAGUAUAAUCAUUUAACUUUUGCAUCUGCCUAUGAUCAUAGAAAAAAAUAUUUUCACAUUUAUCAUUCACAACCCAAUCAACUGCUGCAGCUACUUGAAGCAUUUAACAAUCAUUAUUACAGCUCUUUUGUGCUUUUUCAUAUUAUUUGCUUCUUUAUUGUCUUUACAAGUAUUUUUUUCAGGCUUUUAAGAAUCUCUAUGUAGCAGAAUGUAGGAAAAUAAUUUUUUAUGAAAAGGUAAAACAGUAUUAGGUUCUACAGAAAGUUAGAUGUUGUUCCCUGCUAUCAAUCUCAUAUCAGAAGAACAAUUAAUCAAAACAAUUAAGAUUAUCUAUUUGCUCUCUUCAAAGAUGUCCUGUUGUUUCAUUUGCAAAAGCAUCUGUCAGACUUUCCUCUUCCACUACCACUAGCCUUGGAGAAAGAUGCCAGAAGUGAUCCUUUACUCUUUCCAAAUUCCAUUUCUUUGAAGUUUUAAGAUUUCCUAAAAUUCUUCCCUGCACCAAGAAGAAGAAUUAUGACUCUUUUUUACAGUCAUUCUGAAUGUGGCCAGUGGAUUUUGACAGGAAUUGGAUACAAAAUACCUCCAUCCACCGCUAUUAAUAUAUUCCAAUUAGAUUUUCCAUAUCCACUUGAUCAUUUCUUUUUCAAAGGUCAGCACCUCCCUGAAGUUGGAGUUUCAGUUUGAAAGUUUUCCAGUGUUGAGUGUUGCCUUUGUUAUCUUCCAGUUGGUUCUGAGUUUGGAGUCAGACCUGUUAGGAUUUCACCAUGGAGCUGCUGAAAAAAUGUCACUAGGCUUAUGGCAACAUCUGAAUAGCCCAGAAGAAACUGAUCAACACCCAAACCUACUGCCUGGAGGUUGCACUCUCAUCUUGCAGCAGAUCACCCAGGCAGCAAGUCUAGAUCCAGAUUUUGUACAAGUCCAAUCUUAUGAGAGCUUGGAAAUUUGUUUGCUUUUCCAGUUCACUUACAUCUCAGGUGAUCUUUAUUCUUUUGGUCAAUAGCAUAUUAAUUUGAGAUGAAAAUGUGCAAAAUCAAGUGGACAAGAGCUGUGGAGGAGGUGUUCAUUGUAUCUUAUUUCUUCUAACUGUAAAGACUGGAAGAAAUGAGUAAUGGUCACAUUGAUUAUGAACUGUGCUUUCACUGAGAAUGAGAAAAUCUGUGUCACUGCAAAUCAGUAAACUUAAAGGUGAUUUUGGAGUGAGAGAAGAGGGAAAGAUUUAUCUAUGCCACCUCGUGGGAUGAUAGCAUGAGAACUUCAAGCACGGGAGUCAUCAGGAGCUGGCAGUUUUUACAGACUCCUGUCGUCUGCCAUUUGCACUUACGUGGAGGCCACCACCACAUCCUUUUUCUUUCUACAUGCAGUUGAAAAGUCAUGGUCUUCCAGCAGUGAUUUCUAACUCUGGCUUGUCUUUAUUCUGUGUAUAUCCAUUUGUGAGGGAAGGAAGAGACUACUAAUUUGCCCUAAUACAGAGAAGAUUAUUUUGGUCCCCUUAAACCAAAAAGGUGCCAUUUCCCAAAUUAAUUCCAGUUAGCUGCUGCAACAGAGUGCUGAUUCAGUGGUCCACAAUUUCUGACCAUGGUCUUUGCCUUUUCCUUUGACUCAGUGCUAAAUCAUACAUAUUUUAGUAGAGAGUGUUCUCCCUUCACUGAGAACGUCUGCUCAUUUAAAUGGCUGCAUACCCAUUCCAUGCUUCCCCUGCUAAUCCUUUGUAAGGUUCAGUAAUUCAUUUAGGAUAAUGACUAGUUAAUACGCUUCUUGAUUUAACUUCCUUGUUGCCUUUUAUUUUUCCUAAUGCUUUUUUAAGCACCACCGCUCAUUUUGCAUCUUAUACAGUUUACAGUUUAUAUUUUUAGGCUAAGAAGUGGUUUUACAAACAGGAUGGUACCAAACAGGUAGAUUAUCCACACUAGAGAUUGUACUUUUAGAAUGCAGUGUGUACAGAUACAAUUGCCUAAGGGAAAGUGAAACUAACAAAAUAAUCAGCUGGUGAACACUACUUUAACAUAUAUUUUACAUAAAGAACAGUCAGUCAUUUGUGAAUCCAGAAAUCUUGCUUUUUUGAACAUGUAUCCUUUCUUUUUCGUUCUCUGAAGAAACGCUAAGCUUGAAAAUUGUUAUGUUCUACAAAACUUGUAUGUGCAUGUUUUCUGUUCUUCUGAAGAGAGAGAAAACAGAAGGUGAUACUGGCUUUGCAGUUUUCCAGUCUUGCUUUGGAGACUUUUCUUGAAUGGCAUAAACAUUAAGGGAAGACUCUAUCCAAGCAUUAGCUUUAUCCUAUUAUAUGGUUUUCAUUGUUGUUUUCUGUUUUCAUCUCCUCAUUGACCAAGUAGACCUCCUGGGCUAAUGCAAGCCAUAUUUCUGCAGAUGAUAGCAUUACCAUCCAGCUCCCUUCUGCACUUCUUUUCUGUUUAAUACAGCUUUUGAGGAACGCAACAGUGGAAGUAGGUAACACUGUCACCGCAAGAGGGAGAACCUUGUACUAAGAGAGCAUUACCCUGUACUGCUGUGUGGGGACAGAAAGGGAUUCUAAAGCUCAGAUCUGCAAGGCUGAAUAAGAGGAGGGUCCCUCUGCCUUGACUGGGGGAUCUUCCAAGAGAAAGAAAUGUUUGAACUCCAUACAAGGGACUUUCUCUUCACCCACUCCACUUAGAGAAAAAGACUGAAUCGUCAGCAUCUGCUGUUGCUCUUUUUUUAUUCAUAUAUAACAAUCUUUAGCUUUUUAGAAUGUAUAGUUCCUAUUUAUUGAUGGAAGAGAUGUCACUGUUUUAGUUUUUGGUGUCAGAACUAAAUCAGUUCACAAGUAUCUUCAACAGGUUUCAUUGUCUUUUGGGGCGUGUCCUUUUUCCCUUGCCAUAAUACCAGAAUGUAGACUGGAUUUCGAUGAAAUUCAGGAUCCUUUAAAUCUUUGAUUCAUUCCCAGUUCCAUAUAUAUUGAGCAUUCAGUCCCUUGGAUCCUAACUCCAAAUUGUUGACAAACGUAAGAUAGACAGGCUGCUCAGCUCAGGCUGGAUGUCCUGCAUAACCUUCUUGUCAGCAUCAGAGAGCGCUGUACUUAAUCCCAAAAACAGAAUAGACCAAUGCCUUCUGGGCCAAAUCCUGCAGACGUGACUUACAGACUUUUUUGUUGACUUUGUGCAUCCUCUCAGACUGCAAAAGCAUAUGUAGUCCUACCGAAGGUCAUAGUCCUAAGAACUAAUUUCAUAUACAUCCUCUAAGAUGUCACAAGACUGUUCCCCAUAACUUAGAAUGUUCCUGCCCAAGGUUUUCACUCUUCCUAAAACUGACUUAAGAUUUGAUUUCAUUCUACCAGGCAGAUUUUGCCAUUUUUAAGGGCUCUACGAUUAAAGGGACAGUUUCUUGCUGGGAGGCUUAAACAGUCAUAAGAAAUACACAGAAUACAGGGCAGGACAACCACUUCCCAAUAGUCUUGAGUCUUUCAUUCCACAAAUGCACAAGUACAUAGCCUCUUUUGAUUGGCAAUAGCAUGUUAAUCUUAAAUAAUUAAAUAGGGGGCCACAACAGCUAGUGUAGAUAUAUGAUGCACAGCAAUUGUUUUUCCCUAAUCUACAGCAUUGCUGUGUCACUUUUCUAUUACUAGAACAAUGUACAGGCGUUUGGGGUGUAAAUGAGAGCUGUGACUCUGGGACAUUGCAGCAGUGAUAUGUGGAGUUAAAUGAUUCUACGUUUCUGGCUAUUUUACCAGUAGGCUUUCUUGCAGUACCUUGUUCUACAGUCAUUUGGGUGAAAUAAAAUAGUUUAUUUGUAAGGUCUGAUUAAAAUAACCCAAAAUUCAGAGAAUACAUCAUGUUUUUCUUUAGAUUUCCUUUAAAAAACAUACGAUUGCAUCUUGUGUGCAGGAGAAUGGAUGGGAGCCCUCACAGUUUUUCAUAAGCUUAGCAUUUUUGCGAACAGGACACCCUCAAAGUACAGCCAAAUAGAGAAAAAAUCAUUGCUGAUGGUUAUACUGGCUAAAUUGUUGUUUACAGGCUUUACAGAAGAGCUAGCAAGCAUUACCCGUUUUGUGUCUUGUGCAUGCUUUGACAUGGGACACAUUGCUGCGGCUCUGUUUCUCACAAAAACCCGGAGACAGAAGGUUUAGGUGCUUGGCCCCUUCCCUUAGUUAACAAUUCAGUUGCAGUCUCUAUUUUUUCUGACAUUCUCAUUACUAAAAUUAGACAGCAAAUCUCCUCGUGACCUGGCAUUUUUCUGCUUUGGAGAUGAAUAUUCAGGAUCCCCAUACCCUUAAUUAGACUCCUCUUUCAUUCCUUCUUCUUUCCGUGCACUCGAAGACCUCUUAAUCUUUAGACUGAAACAGAGUGUAUCUGUGCAUCUGACUCGAGGGCAUGGUUCUUAUGUUUCUGCAAGAGAAAGAAAAAGGAGGAACUUGUUUCUCAUUUAUGCUUUGGUUUAUUUGCUGGGGUUUGCUUUUGUUCACGUUCUAGGUAGGCUGCAAUUUUCAACAAGGGAUUGGGAAUGGGAGAAAAGGGAGAAGACAUGAGAAAGCCUGUGCCUGAGCCUAGAUGAAGCAUCAUGCAAUAUUCCUCUAUAUACUGAGCAAUUGUAGACAGACUUGUAUAGCAGCAGCAGGAUUGCCCUAGUAUGUUUCUAUACAUUUCCUUUUCUUCCUCUUCCUCCCCCACUGUGGCCUCUUACACUAUUUUAGAGGUUCCCCACACUCCUUUCUCAUUGUUAUGAGUGCUAGAUGGAAGCUCUGGUAGCGGUCCAAACCAACAUUAAUCUCCAAGUACUGGUGAAACCCCCAUGGUCUUUAUGAUGUUUUUCCAAGUGAUACUUUAGUGAGUGGCAAGCCCUGGCAGAUGUUGUUUUAUUGAAACAGAUCAAUAAACUAGGGGAGGCAUAGGCUGAUUGGGAUCUGGUAAGCUACUUGCCUUUGUUACUAGUGAGCUUCAUAAUAUUUUGCUAUGUAUUUUCAGUUUUAGGUACGUAAAAGCUUAUAUGCCUGUCAUUAAAAUUCCUGCUUCUCCCACCAUAGCUCUAGAAGACCUAUGAAAAAGGUCCUUUAUAUAUAUUGCUUGUGUAUUUGAAAGGUGAGGGAGGGAACUUUCCAUGCACGUGUGAUUUCGUGCGAGGGAGAAAACUGAAGUUAGUGUUGAUCUGUCCAUUUGUUUUAGGGUGGCCAGAGAGCUGCCACUUUGAGAAGUUGAUUGCACUACAGAACCUUAGCUUGGGCACUGUUGAAAUGAAGGCUGUAUUUUGGGAACAGGGAAGUUUUUUGGUUUUUUAUCCACACUUACACAUGCCCUUUGCAAGAUGUACCCUUGCAGAUUUUGCAUCUGACAAGUUUGUAUAAAACCACUACUGACCUUUUUGCUGUAUCCAUUUAGUUCUCUCUUCUUUCUGCAGCCCCUAGAAAAUGUUGUCCCCUUUCCAUUUUCAGUCAUUUGGUUUCUUAUAUUUUCGAUAAUUAUCCCAUCUACUAAUGAGAUCUCUGUAUUGAGCAGGAGGAGGAGAGAAAUUGAGGCAUGUGAAAGUGUGGCUGGGAGACUGCAAAUCCCCCACUGUUUGGGGGCAUUCAUAUACUUUUACUGAGAGCUGAUUUCUUGGGGGUUGGGUGGGGUGGGGAGGGAGUUUGUGCUUUUUUGGUCUGGGUAAGGCUUUUUAUUUUUGCACUAAGUAUGACUGCACUGCACUGCAUUGCACUACUGAAAUGUAUUUACAUGUGGUGGGUUUGGAAGGGGCCAAUUAAGCAGGAAGGGAAAGGAGAAAGGGAUGGGCACAGAAAUCAGAUGUAUCACAGACUUGACCAAGUUGAAAGAGAACUGGGGCUACCUUUACUUUAAACAACUAGUCAGACACUGAGAUAGCUGUACUGGAUAGCUUCUGUAAAAAAAAUAAACUAAAAUAAAAAAAUAAGAGUAACAAAAAGCACUAUAAUAGAAACAGAAGAGGCAUCACAGGAUUCAGAGUGCUAGGGAUCUUUUUCCCCCCAUUUUCCUUGAGUGUUCUUUGUGGCUGUGAGAGAGUUAAGGGAACUAAGCAUAAAUCCAGAGUAAGGCAUCAGUAUGAAAAUACCAAUUUCUAGUUCAAAAUCUGCUCAGGAUCUGCCUUGUCAGAUGGGAUCUCUUCAGAGAGAUUUGGCUGUGAUUAGUAUCCCUUGGGUAUAAGUAUGAUCUCCCAGCUCGAGAAGUGAAGCCACAAAACAGGCUUACCAAAGGGGAAGGUCACUGAUAAAAAAAGCUCUUUUUUCAAAUGUUGUUAUGGGAAUGGUGCAAUAAAGUCAUUCUGAACACUCGAUCAGAAGUGUUCCAGUCAAGCCUUAGGGGCGGAAGGAGCAGGCAGGACUAGUGGACAAAGAGGUGUGAUGUGGAACUCAGUACAAUAAGAAUGUUCCUGCUUGGACAAAGAUACUCUUCGGCAUUUUUUGAUCUUCAGUCUGAUUUCUCUACUCAAACAAACAGUAAAGCAUGGGAAAGGCUUCUGGCUGGAAACAAAUGGAAUUCAUAGCAUAGUUUUUUUACAAUCAUGAUUCAUGGUGGCCUAUAUCUUUGUCAUCAGCCCUGUAACAAGGAUAAUAGAAGAAAAAAGAAAGCAAUGGCAAUGUGCAGCAAGGACCAUCUUUGCUGUAGCUCUUUGUGAUCUAUAAACUCUCAAAAGUUUGUGUUGAUUUCUUCAGUAAAAUUAUAAUUACAACUUUUGCCAGAAGAUAAAGUAGCAUCAUGAAUAAUGCUCUGUAUAACAACUAGGAGAGAAGUGUAAAACAUGAGGGCAUCUGCAGUGCAGGGGCCACCUGUCUAAUGUGCACAGAGGUUUCAUGAACAAAAGAGGGGAGGUAAACAUCCAAUUCCUAAGGAAAGCCUACAGUAAUUGGGUGUUCAAAAGUCUACUAAUGCCCUGAGUUUCUCUGUAGGCCCAAAGCUAAGACCUUUUGGCAUCAUUAGUAUCAAGUAGUGCAGACCUUACACAGAACUGCACAGUGCAGAGCUAAUUGUUGCUGGUCAUUGUUGGGCUGCCUCAUUCAAGAAAAGUAGCAAGAACUAAGGAGAAAUAACACCUGAGGCUGGUCCUGGGUGAGAUGAGCAAGCCUGUCUGGAACAAGAAGAAAAUGGUUAGGAAUGUGUCUGUCAAAGAAACACUGAGAUUUCCAUUUUUUGUUAGAUUUCCAUCCUGGCUUGGGAGUGCCGGAAGAGAACUGGAGAUAACCCCUGAUAUGGUGCCAGGUGAACUACUGAAUGGCUCUUCCCUCAAGAGCAGGCAGUUCAGUGGAACACAUGGUCUCUUUCCAAGCCAUCUGUGGGAAUCCUGGAAGGCCUUCUUCCAGUAAUGAGGCAGAGGUCACCCAACAAAAGCACAGUUCGUUUGAGAGCCAGCAUAAUACGGUGGCUGGAGAGCACAUUUCAUUUGUAAAGUGGCAUUUACUUCCAUGUGAAUAGUUAUAGCUACAGGUUCAUGAUAUGGGAGGGAAUCGAGUCUGUCUACUGAAGUUAGUUCAGGUUAUGAGCCAAUACUCCCCCUUUUAGUUUAGGUGAGUUUUUGUUUUGUUUUCUUGUAUAAAACAGCUGCAUUUAUUGCUACUGUCAGAGUGGAUUUGCGUUGUCAAAGAGGAAUAGUGGACUACUCCCCCAGAAAAAUGAAGCUGAGGAUUUACUGAGCCUGCUGUGUCCAGAGUGCCUUUCCUGCUGUGGUAAAAUAAAGAACUUCUGUAGUUUGAGCUGUUCUGGCUGACUGAUUGCUGCAUAUUCCUCCCUUGUGGGAUACCUGAUGUCAGCCGUUUUUGGACAAGGAGAGGAACACUGCAUGCUUGCAAUGCUGUGAUAAGAUGCCAUUUGCACUAGUUUUUUUGUUUUUUUUUUAAGUACUGCGACCUGAAGAAGUGGGCUUUGAGCCAUGCACCCCAACAGGGUUUGAAUUCAGCCUGUUUAAACCUGAUUUCUUCUGACUCAGUUUCAAUAAAACCAAUCCCAUCCAUGUAGAAAAGAACCAAACCAUUUUUAAAAGCCACAUUCCAGCCUCUGUUCUUGCUUGGUUACAGUGCUCAACCAGAUCAGUUCUUGGAUGUAUAGUUGUACAGUGAUAGCACAGCUUUAAAUGGCUUUUAAACAGGUUGUUCCUUUUUACCUGGUCAGUUUGAAAUUAGAUUAACAGAAAAUACCUUUAAAUACAGCACAAACUCAGUUUUUUCAGCAUGGUACUAAAGCCCCACAUAGACAGUGCUUGACUGAGAAACCAAGGAUAACUUGAGGUUCAUUUUAAGAAGCCAAAACAUAUGUUGCUGAUCAGAGAUGCCACGUAACUUAAUGUCCUAUUUUUUUCUCCCAAUGGAGAAAAACUAACUUCCAUCAUUCUCCUCCAUUUGUCAUCCUGCUUCAUUGUUGCACCUUUUCUCUUGAAUGAAAAUCACUUUGGCCAGUGGGCUAGAUCCAAAACAGAACUUCCCUUUUCUGUGUGAUGAUUAGUUUCUGCAUGUUCCUGUGCUAGACACUAACAAACACUACUGAGGAUCAGCUUGAGAAUUUGCUGAGACUGCGUGGCUUAGUUACAGUUCAGUAAGAUUCUAGUGAUGUUUUCAAUGCUAUCUCAAGUGUAUAGCUUAGCCUUUAAGAAAAUAUUAUGUUUCAGAAGUUCCAGUGGAAAAAAAAAAGCCAGGAAUUAUGAUGGAGCUUCAGUCACAGUGCUAUGGCUAAGUUUUUAGGGAACAUGCUUCUGGUGGCUGGUAAUGAUGACAUUUACAAAGAUGAUUCUAAAGCAAUAGAGAAUGUAUGCCUUCUCAUCCCUGUUGAACUUGGAGAGUUUUUGCUAACAGAAUGAUCCCAGACUAUCCUGUUAGAGUUCAUUACUUUUUUCCCCAAUGGAGAAGGCUAAGCAACCUGUCACUUCAACUUCAGCAGCCUGAGUUUGACUCUAGACUACUCCCAAAUGGCCAGCCAGCCAGGUGCCCUCCCUGACUGAUCCCACUUCUAUGCUAGCUGGUGGUUUGUCAGAUCAGCCGAGGUGACCACGUCACAACCUUGGCUCCAGAUAGGAGCCUUGUACCUUUUCCUUUUUGGUUUCCAUCAAACUGGGAGUGCAAUUAGCAGUGAGUGGAUGUCAGGUCAGCCUUUGCUCCAGGUGACAAGAAUGGCAGAACUGGGCAGCAAAUUGAGCUACUGUUGUCCUUUAGGACACCGGUAAAGGCAAGAGGCUGGGCUCUGGUUGCUGGUGUAGCUGCAAACCUACAGCAUCUGCUCCAAACUUGUUCUGACAGCUAUGCUGUUGCUCUCGAAUAUGCUUUGUGUGUGAAAAACUGAAUGCAGUUGUUGUGUUGUCUGUCUCCUCGAUUCUGCAUCAUGGAUGUGGCACCACCUUGCUCUCACAAUGAACUUGGGUGUUGUUUUGCUGUUGUUAUUAACAUGUAAUUCUACUGUAGACCAAAAAAUAUGAAAAAGAAAAAAAAUCAGUUUCAAGACAUAGAAGACCAGUGAGUGAAAGGUGAAAAAUACAGGAAGCAAAGGUGUGAGAGAAGCAGUGGUUAACUGUGCUAAGUUAAAAAUCUCAGAAUAGCCUUACCUAUUUCUUAACCAAUGCUUACCAAUCAUCCAGUAGUGGGGUUAGAUAGCUUUCUUGGCUCAUUCGUACCUGUAUCCUAAUAUAUAUUAUAUAUAAUUUUUGUUUCUUUGGUAUUGCUGUUGCACAUCAUGUUGUCUUUCAUAAUGCCUGAUUUUAUUGUAUUGUACGGUCCGGUUUGUUUUUGUUUUUGUCUUGAAGGACGGGAAAAAUAAUGUUUCCUUUUUGUUUUGAAUUCAUGAGAAAGAAAUGCACUGGAAGUAAACACAAACAAAUUUUGCCAUUUGAAAACUAAAAAAAAAAAAAAAAAAGAAAGAAAGAAAGAGGAAAACACACAGCCACGCAGUGGAAAAAGCUAAGGAAAAGCUCCCCUCUUCUUCCUUACAAUGGAAGCAUCCUCUAAAACAUAUGCUAGAAAGAAAACAAUCAAUCUCAAACAAAGGAAGGGAGAAGCCUCUUUGAUCCCAGCUCUGCAAUCUGGAAUAUUUAAGCACAAUGUUUUGCAGGGCUGGGCUUCUACUUGGCCAACGGUCAUAAAAUCCAGAACCACAUGGGGCAAAUUUAUCCCUGGUGCAAGCAGACGUAAUUGCAGUGAAAUCAAAGGAGGUACACAAAAGAUGGAUUUAGCCACGCCUGCAAGGUACAGCUGCCUUCCCUAUUGUACCUACUGCUAGAUGUCACCGAUGUCGGUCUUUUGGCUGUGUUAAUCACGUAAUACACAUUAAACCAUGUUUGAGGUAGGCAAAACACUUUCCCACUGAAUAAGUCAGUUCUGGAUGCACCUUUGCGUGACACUUACUGCCUACCGGCUUUCCACUGUUACCCGCUCCCAGUCGCGAGCCAAUCUAAUUGACCCUGGUCGAAGAGCCCUGCCUUUGCCAGAAAACGGACUUGACUAGUGAGUGUAGUAAAACAUUGCGUAUUUAACUACUAUAAUCCAGAAAUUGCCCUUGCACUUUUGAGGCAUAUGGAAAGAUCCUCUCUGUCUUUCAAAACGGCUCUGGUUCUUUUGCGAGUGAAACACACACACGUGCAUACAAUCCAGGGGCUCCACACCCCACCUUCUUUCCUGGUCCCGUACUCGGCUGUGUCCUGUCUCCCAGCCCUGGCCAUUUGAGCCCAGCGGGACAGAUGCGCAUUGGAAUAAAUGCAAAGAGCAUGCCUUUUAAAAGGCAGAUGAUUUUCCUGUUAUGCCAGCAUCUCUCAAUCCCCAUAUCAGCUGAUGAUUUUCCUAGCCCGAUGGCGUUCAAUCAGUCAUUGAAACAUUGGCUUUCUCUGUUUUGUUUUCUAAGGAGGGAAUGUGGGGUGGGGAGAAUAAUGUGUUGUUUUUUGUAACUUCACAGUCCUGAUAGUUGGUUUGUAUCUUCCAUAUUUUAUGCAAAAACAGACAUUAUAAGUCAAUAAAUACUUGUGCCCUAGGUUGAAAGUUAAGUGUUCAGGAAAAGAAAAAAAAAUGGUUGGCAUUUUUCUACAUUUUUGUGAAGACUCUUUUGGAAAGGAAGGGUACAUAUUUUUGUUGUGUAGUAUUUUCUAUUUUUGAAUGCAUUUUCUUGGUACAAGACUGUUUUGUGGAAUUUUUUUUUUUUUUCCUUUU